GAAACGUAGAUCAGAUUUGAUCUGUCUCAGUGUCAGUGUGAUGCAGCUAAGAAAUCAAGUAUAACUAACUUUCGUUUCAUCUGAGGUGGGAGCUUCCUCCUGUAGCAGAUCUAGUAUUUCUCUUUUCUGCACGAAACCGAAAAUGACCAAAAUGAUGACGAAAUUGCACACCCACACAAGCACCAACCGUCCUCUUUCUUGGGUCGCCCACCUUGUGGCCACCAUAGGGACAUGGUCCCUACUUAUUGCUGCUCACGGUGCUGCUCUUAGUGCUGAUUCAACACCUGCUCAGAGGAUGCAUCUAGACAACGCAGAAGCCUCGUUCCUGUCCUGUAUGGAGACGGAUACGCAAAUUGCAAUGGCCUACAGACCUGUGCACUGUAUCACAGAUUCGAUGCUGCGUAAUAGUUAAGAGUCAACAUCUUCAUGGCAUGCCCAUACAACUGUCUUUUUAAUAACAUUUGUCAAGUGGUGGAUUUGGAGAUCAUCUUAUGGAGUCCUCGAGUGCUACGGACAACUACUAGCAUAAGGAGAUUCAUGAUGAAAUCUUAACCUUACCCACAUCUCUAAGCUCGGGACGGGAAAAAAGGACUCGUUGUUUUCGACGUUUUUCUAGGUUGGGGGGGUUACUUGUCCGCUACCUGGCGCGCGGCUGCGAACGCUUUCUCAGCUGGGAAGGAAGAAGGAGAACGAGGACUACAUGCAGAAGAAGUACAGGAUGAAGCAGAACAACAUGAUCCCACUUCCAAGAAAAAACUCUUCUACCUAGGUUUUGAGUCAGAGAGAUGGAAUGUAGAGAGUUUGGUGUAUCCACGUGCAGCAUCUUUGUGCAGACUGACUGAAUAUAGCGACAGAAACGACGCACGCUACUUUUUAGAACAUCCUGGAUCGUGUGCAUUGCACUGGAUCGAUCUGGUUAGUGAUUAUGAGAGAGUGGCUUCUCGUUAGUGACUUUUUCUCUACUGUGCUGAUUGUGAUUUGUACUGGAUUCACUGUCAUCUGAGAAAUCACUUUAGCAGGUAAUUUCAUUUGAGUUUUCUGAUUUCAAUAACCAGAAGUCCUUCCAAUUUGAAUAACAACAGACAAAUCCGUAUUCAUAGCUCAAUUCCUAAACAAAAACUCCAAUUCCUCGAAAAAAGUUGAUUUUAUUCCAUUUAAUUCAAAUUCAUUUCCUGAUAGAGCCUUUAUAAGGCGUGCAUUUGCCUUCAGCAUUUCUCCAAGUUCUACUCGACGGACUUCUAAUAACGAGAACCACCAUCGACGGGUGGACGUAGUAAUAGGAGCCACAUCACAAAAGAAGACACCCUGCUGCGUAGAAUAGACGACUUAGAAGAAGCAAGAAGGACUAGGACCAGGCAGCUCGGGGUCUACGCUGAUGCUUCGGAAGAUGACACACCGGACACUAAGAUUGGAGAUGUAGUUAAAACAUCAGACGCAGGUACCACUACAUCAAGUGCUUCCUCAUUAAGCGUAACGGAGCGAGAAAGUUAUCAAGCUCCUUUGGAGUCUUUGCUGAGUUCGAUGAUGUCUCCGGGGUCGGUCGCAGGAAACGAAAAGUUCAUUGACCUGUUGAAGACAUUAUGGGUUAAUCUUUCUCUCAUUUUUAGGUAUUAACAUGUGAGAGCAAUACUAACGGUGCUCGGCCGCGUCUCUACUCGGGUCGCAACGGAAUCAGGCAGCGUAAGUUGUCACGUGGUUCGCAAAUGCAAACGAAUAGGAGUAGAGUUCUCACUUUUGAGUAGCUAUUUGUAGUCUUCUAUUUCUAUUGUGGUGCUUCUAUUUCUAAAGACAGAUAAGCAAAGUCGACGCUUUUUCCAUGAUUGGCCCAUGGGACCGGAGGACAGGCUCGUAGAGGCACAUCCACUAGUAGAUGGAGAAGCACAUGAUCCACGGCCACAUGCAAAAGCUGAUGAAAUAUCAACACCAACAUCAACUUCGAAAAUGAAAACCACCGAUUCUCUACGAGACUAUCUGAAAGAAGAAGUAUUCAAUGUAGAUGCACGACUUCCUCAUGAACAACAAGAGCAGGACAUUGUGAAAGUUUCUGGAGCCAUGAUCUGGGGAGCACCUUAUCCACGACUGAUAUCUGAGAAAUUGGUAUGUUGACAGGAUAAAGUGUAGUCAUAACUCGUCAUACUCAGAAGAUUAUAACGAGCUACUUUCGUGCUACGAACAAAAUGCUGAGUAAUACUUACUCCUAGCUAGAGUAUGAUGAGUAGCUAGAGUACCCCCUCCAACUGCUGGGUAACACUUACUCCAAUGCUGAGUAGCUAGGGUAUGGUGAGUACACUUUUUCCUGUCAUAACUGGCGCCGUAUGCCUACACCUACACAGCAUCCCAUUGGAGUGACUCUCAGCGUGAAUGGAUUGAAAAACUGUUGCAGCGUUCGAGCGUGAAAGGAGAAGACGUGGCUGCUGGAAUGGGUUCAGAUGUUGACAGGAAAACCAAUUAUGGAUCGAUGACACAGUCAAUCAAAGGCUGUGCGUAAAAAUAGAUGCAUUUAAGGGUAGGUCAAAGGUGCUUUUGUUACCGUUUGUUAUGGCUCUCUCCCUUAGGUGGGGACAGCCAUAACAAGCGGGAUAAACGAACACCAAAAACCUACCUCUAAUGCAUGGCUCUCCAUAGGAGGUACUUCUACGUAACUGAAUGGCUUCAUACAAAGACUUGCAUUGCUUUAAAUUUAAAAGAGGCGCCAUGACAUGACAUGAGUCCAAUUUUGUCGGACCUUAGUGCUUCGUAGUAGUACUCCUAGCACUCUAUUAUGUGAAAACAGCACAGAGGACCCUCUGAUGAAGGUUACUAGUAGUUGUGCCAUGUACUUGCAUACCCUGCCCGAGAAGUAGAUGAUGAUGAACAUGAAGAUGCAGAAAUUAUAUCACUCGAAUUCGCUAUUUCUUCUUCCAGUACAAAUACUCGUCUUACUUCUAGUCCCGCAAUGACUCAGUCACUCUUCGUCUAAAAAAAUAUGGUCUUCGUCUAAAAAAAUGUCUGACACUUUCAAUGAGUCACUUCUAAUCCCAUGCCGGCUCCGUGCCGAUCGUUCAAGCAUGUGAGGUUAUUAGAGAAACGGGGUUGCCACUUGUCAUACUGUUCGACGGAAAAGCAGCAGCCAUGGCGAUGGAAUGGGCUCUCAUCGAAAAAUAUUGCCAACCAGACUUUCUUUUUCUGUUAUGACAAACAAACUCAGGGACUACUUCAUACCAUGACAGUAAUAGCGAUCAGACACCCUUACUUUGGAUUUAAUUUAUUUUAAGUUUAUGUUUAUUCUUCCUUUAGUUUGCCAUAGGCGUUACUCACGCCCGGAGCAGUCGGUCUUAUUUAGCUGCCGCGUCUCUACUCGGGUCGCUACGGAACCAGGUAGCUUUGAGUGAGUUGCCACGUUGUUCCGUAGUCCUCUAUUAAUUAUCUACUUUGAAUGAAAAUGAUCUUGUUGUUGUUUCUCGUCCUCUAUUAAGCCCAAAUAUCAUUAACUUGCCUGAUCAUCCUCUAACCACAAACAACAUUAAUCUCCCCGAUCAUCCCGGGUGGAUCCGGGAGCGGCUUUUGCUCGCAUCCUCGAGAAACGAAGCACGAUGGCACGAUGUGUAUCUAUGGCGAGUACACGAGAAGAAGCACAAGAUGAGAAAGUAGUAAAGUAAGCUCUUGAGAAAAGGUAUCUACUCUCCUCAGAGUCAUCUAGAAGAUGGCACCGACUCUAAUGUUUGUAGGCGAAUACGACGAUGACGAUGCGGGGAAUAGUGGGGACUGGUUGAGGAGUACCCUCUACGGCAAGAGGCAUUUUGCGCUGUUGAGACAGGUGAAGUAG